AUGUUUUCAGCUUUGAAGAAACUAGUGGGCUCAGACCCUUCAACUUUUCGAGACACAAAAAAUAUCCCAGCAGGAUUGCAGUCCAUGAACCAGUCCCUCCAGAGGAGGUUUGCUAAGGGUGUGCAGUACAAUAGUAAGUAUGGCCAAAGUAUUUCUAAGUAAUUUAAAAGAUCCUUCAUGUGCAGAAUCUAGACACGACAUUUUUAUUUAUAAUAAAUCAUGUCUUGUCUUCGUGUUCAUAUAUGUAAGAAUUAAAUUACCUUAUGCCCCUUCUUUCUGAAGGCUAUCUACGGGACUAAAUUACCAUAUUCAAUCUUUUUUAUUUUUUAUUUUAUGCUAGCUAAGACCUUUGUAGAAUAUUAAUUAGCUGUCCUUGCUUAAAAGCCCGCCUUAAUUGACAUAAUGGUUUAAAAAAGAAAAUGAAAAAUUGCAGUGGGUGCAUAGCUCCUCCCCCUUAGCCGCACCUACCAUUUUUCACAAAACAUUGUUCCUAUUGGAAGUACGCAUUGUGUAUACUUAGUACAGCCAAUGAGAGGUCAAUUUCAGCUGAGCUGCUGCUAGGACUACAGCUCUCAACCAAUAACAAUCUGCCUUUUAGGCAUGACUUUAAAAAUACUAUAAAUAGAUAAGAGGAUGGGCAGGUAGUGAGUUUUUAAAUCAGUACCAGCUAGGAGAGGGCUUGAUUAAUGUCCCUGUCAUGGCAAACAGAAUCUUAAUGAAAUGCUCAUAUUGACUGUGUUGGAAUGUCAUUGAAAUUCCAAGUCCAUCACAUGAUCUCAUGAGACAAAAUAGGAGAUUACCUUAGCACAAGAUAAAGUUACAGGUUGACAAAAGAUGGACUGUGUACCAUCAAAGUUUUCUAAAUUCCGCAUGAAUUUCGUGAACUUCGUGAGAGUAGGUCUGUGAAGGACCUGGAAAUCCCAGUGUUGAGCUCUCGCACGUCUAGGUCGCUAUACACCAGGUGGGGAUGAUGUAAUUUGACCGAGCCAUUUUAACAGAAUGCUGCAAAACAAAAAUUAAAUGUAUUUUUUAUUUUUAAAUAUAACUAUACAAAAUUUAGCAUGCAAAAAAUUUAACCCAUUCAGAUCUAACUGCACCAUUUUCACCUCCUGAGCGUGCGUUGGGAUGGCUUCCUUUAUAUUAAACUUAUAUGUUUGGUAAUGGUUGGCAUCGGAGGAUGUCCCAGACUUCUGUUUAUAAAGUAUGGAUUUUAGGUUUUUGAGACAAUUUUCUGCCGAUUAAAAAGCAAUGAACCACGAAAUUGAAGAGAGAGACUGCUUUAAGCAUGUUUUAUUUGGUGAUCUGUAUCAACUGCAUGCUCCAUUCAGUCUGUAAUGGGAUUCAGUGGAGCGGUGAACCGCCCCCCUAGUACUUUAAUUCAUGGCUGGGUGGCAAACUACAACUCCCACUAUGCUUUUGUUUUGUAGGCUGGCAAAGCAUCAUGGGUUGUAGGACUGGCUGUGUAACCAUGGUAGCAGUUUUAGGACUGGCUAUUUCAUUUAUUCUGUAGAAUCAGAAAAUUGAACAAAUGCCCAAAUAUGUCAUUGGAGACCUUCUUCACACAGGAUACUUUGCAUCUCUCCUUGUCUGUGGAUAUCAAGUAGAACGUAUGAUUGAAGGCGCAGGCAUUGCUAAUUGUAGCCAUUUCAAAUUUAGGCCAAAAAUAGCUAACGUGAAAUCCAUCUCGGACACAGCAAUUUGUUACAAUUCAGCAUUUAGUGAAUAAACUCCAUUGUAUUGACAUGUAACUAAUCCACCCCAGCAGAUUCUACAGUAUCCGGUCAUGAGUUCUGACAAUGAACAUAACCCGGUCUUCUUUCCAUCCAACAACAAAACCCAGAAUGCCCAAAAAUAGCAAUAGGUGCAGAAUGUCUAAACUUUGCUCCAAGAAAUACAGAAGAAACGUGUAUGUAAAGAAGCUAGCACUCAAGGACUUGUAGAAGAAUUCCAAUUUAAUUUUGCAGAAAAUACAUAGGUUGAUGUUUUGGCUCGAGAUGCGAACUUUCAUCAGAACAUAUAAAAAAAAAGCUUUGUGUCCUGAUGAAAGUCUUAACUGAAUUGGAAUCUAUCUACAAGUCCUUGAGUGCUAGCUUCCUGGGGUAGGUAAUUCUGACACCAGUCUGUUUUCUUGUCAUGAGCGAAGUUGGUUUUUGUAUCGUCUGCUGUGGGGUCCAUUCACCAAGCUCUGAGUGCUGUUCGGUUGCUGUAAUUUUAGUUUUUGUAUUUUUGUUAUUGUUCUAGUGAAUAAAGUAAGCAUAGUUUUAUCAGCAGAGUGGUUAAAUAAAGGUGGUCUCUGCCCCCUGUGUUACCACACUGAUAAUGGGAGUAUUUAAUGUCUGCUUUAUUAAGGGAAAAUCUGUCCAAUCCUGUAGGACUGUGAGCUAUCCCACUCCCAGUGCUAUCAGCCGAUUUUGUACAGUCCAAAGUUGGACAGAUUUCCAGACAUGUUGUUAUAUACAUUAUUAGCGCUGCAGAGGGGGUGGGUUCUGGGGACCAGAAAUCACCCUAGUUACUGUCAUACAAGGCAGAUUAGUGCACACAGAAUGAUAGCUCUCUAAAAAUGAUCUGUUGUUUUGGUGCUUAAAGUGUUACGAUGAUAAAUAAAUUAGCCUUGGUAAUUGUCUAGAGCAGGGCUUCCCAAACUUUUUUAUGGGCCGAGACCCACUUUUGAAAACUGUAAUUUUUCAAGAGACACUUGCUUUUAAUGCAUAUUUUAAAAAUGAACACUAUGGUAAUCUGCUUCAGAUGCAUACAAUUGGCACACCAUGGUAAUCUGUUUUACAGGCGUACAAUUGGCACACUAUGGUAAUCUGCUUCAGAUGCAUACAAUUGGCACACCAUGGUAAUCCGCUUUACAGGCGUACAAUUGGCACACCAUGGUAAUCUGUUUUACAGGCGUACAAUUGGCACACCAUGGUAAUCCGCUUUACAGGCGUACAAUUGGCACACCAUGGCAAUCUGCUUUACAGGCGUACAAUUGGCACACCAUGGUAAUCCGCUUUACAGGCGUACAAUUGGCACACCAUGGCAAUCUGCUUUACAGGCGUACAAUUGGCGCACCAUGGCAAUCUGCUUUACAGGCGUACAAUUGGCGCACCAUGGCAAUCUGCUUUACAGGCGUACAAUUGGCGCACCAUGGCAAUCUUCUUAAGAGGCAUACAAUUGGCGCACCAUGGCAAUCUGCUUAAGAGGCGUACAAUUGGCGCACCAUGGCAAUCCGCCUUGGCGGCAUACAAUUGGCGCACCUUGGCAAUCCGCCUUGGCGGCAUACAAUUGUGCACCAUGGCAAUCCGCUUUGGCUGCAUACAAUUGGCGCACCAUGGCAAUCCGCUUUGGCUGCAUACAAUUUGCGCACCAUGGCAAUCCGCCUUGGCUGCAUACAAUUGGCACAUGGCAGCUUUAGAGGCAUAAUUUGUGGUAUCAUGGUAGUUUUAGAGGCAGAAACUUGGCACAUCAUGGUAAUCUGUUUUAGAGACAUACAACUGCUUACUCACCGACUCAGUAAGAAUCAGAAGUACUGAGUCCUGCUCUUUGAUCCAGGCACCUUACGUUGAUUAUCCCAGUGGUGGAACUAAUGUAGAGCGGGCCCUGGUGCAAGUAUGUUUUCUGGGCCCCCCUCUAGUGCAAUUGUGGCCAAAAGGUAGAUCCCCAUCUGUCAUAGAACGUCAACAAUACUAGGCCAGCUGGGGAUCUACCAUUUGCUCAUCGUUGCAGGGUUAUAUUUGUGAGCAGUGUUUGAAAGAAUGUUUUUGUAUAACGUAUGGGUGUAUUUGUAUGUUAUGUUGGACUUUAAAUGUAGUUGUGCUUUUUGUGUGUAGUGUUGGUGUUUGAAUGAGGGGGUGUAUAUAAUUUUAGUGUUUUAAUACAGGGGUGUGUUUGUAUGUAAUGUUUGAUUGCAGUGUGUGUAUAAUGUGUAUAUAAAAUAUACAUAUACACAAUGUGUGUUUGAAUGUAAGCAUGUUGAGUAUGUUUGUGAAUGUCGGUGUUUGAAUGCAGGUGUGCAUCUGUGUGCAGUGUAUACACUUCCACACAUAUACAGAGACACACAAUGACACCUAGUUUCCCACACACAGAUACAGACACUCAAAUACACACACACACUGACCCGAAAGGACUCACAGAUAUACAUACAGGAGUUCAGUGGGAAGGAGUGUGUGUGUGCUGGUGACGGUGGAGGGGCAGGGAGAGAAGGGGUUACAGUGUGGGGGGGCAGGGAGAGAAGGGGUUACAGUGUGGGGGGGCAGGGAGAGAAGGGUUACAGUGUGGGGGGCAGGGAGAGAGGGGUGUGUGAGGUGGGCAGUGUGGAGGCAGUUACAGUGUAGGGUGGGCAGGAGAGAAGGGGUUACAGUGUGGGAGGGCAGGAGAGAUGGGGUUACAGUGUGGGGAGAGGCAGGGAGAGAAGGGGUUACAGUGUGGGGAGGGGGCAGGGAGAGAAUGGGUUACAGUGUGGGGAGGGGGCAGGGAGAGAAUGGGUUACAGUGUGGGGAGGGGGCAGGGAGAGAAGGGGUUACAGUGUGUGUGUGGGGGGCUGUGUCCUCCCUUUAUUAAAUUCCCUGGUGGUCCAGUGGGUUAACGCUCCGCUGGGUGCAGAGCUGCAGACCAUGUGAUAGAAGUCGCGUGAGCUCCCAAUGUUGCUAUGGUAACGCUCUGGGUGCUCGUGAGACUUUUAUCACAUGGUCUGCAGCUCUGCACUCGGCGGAGCUGCAGACCAGAGGUGCUGGGCAGACUGAUUGCAGGGAGCCCGGCGGUAUACAGGGCAAACUGCCAGGCCCCCUCCUGGUGUCAGGCCCGCGGUCACAGACAGAGGGCCUGACUAAUCAGUCUGCCUAAUUGUCUCUUAGGUCUAUGGCUGCCCUGGAGGCGUGGGUCACGACCCACUGGGAAUCGCCCUGCAACCCACACAUUGGGAAACCCUGGUACAGAGAGCUUGGGUACAUGACAUCCUUCUACUGAUGUGCCAAAGCCUUGGAGGACCUUUUUAAUUUUAUAGUUUUAAAAAGAAUCUGAAAAAUGUUAAUUCUCACUAUUGGCAAACCUUAAUUCAUGAAACAGUCUAUGGUAAAUUAACAUUCGCUUGUAUUUCUUUCCAAAGGAUCAGAUUGCUUAUAGUAUUGGUGCAGUCUGAGAGCAGUGGGAGCUGUUUCCCAGCAGUGUCUGGGACUGCAGUAUGACUUCCCUGAUCCAAAAUGGCUUUAGUGUGGGGAUCACAAUGCAACCAACCUUAAACCCUGUCUAUAUACGUAUUGUUUUACAGCAGUAACACUGAAUGGGAAACCGUUAAUGAUUUCUAUUCAAAACCGGAGUCUGAUCCAAAUACCCCCCAGGGAGGAGAUUUUUCUCUUAAUUAGUAUCAGAUCGUUUUCACUUUCUUUGCGUUGGUGUCGGACGCACCCUUUCCAGCAAACAGAAUAUGUAUGUACACAGCUGAUGAGGCCUUCCUUAGAGGUGACACUUUGCCACGAUUACUGCCAGCACAUGUUUUAUCCCACCCAAAUAUUAUUUAUUCUUUACGAGGGGCCACCUGCAGCCACGUGACAUUUAAAGAAAUUUGUACUUUUGGCAGUGAGGAAACUGAAAUGGUACUAAAAGUGGUUUUCAAGCAUUUUGAAGCAUUAAGUAACCUGACAAGUUUUGUAGACGAGACUGUAAGAUGCAUUUCUAAACAAUUUAAUAUGUUGGCAGAAAAUGUCACUAGGUAGUGCUGCAAUCACUGAAGCCAUUAAAUGUAAACGUGCUUUAAAGGCUUUCCUUUCCCCCUAGUGAAAAUCGUGAUCCGAGGCGAUCGAAAUACAGGGAAGACCACUCUGUGGCACCGGCUGCAAGGGAAGAAAUUUGUGGAGGAAUAUAUUCCCACUCAGGAGAUCCAAGUCACCAGCAUCCACUGGAAUUAUAAAAGUAAGCAGGAAAUGGGAUGCUUGCUCCUUGUUUUUGGAAUCUUUUAUUCAAACCGAGCUCUGUCCUUUCCCAAUCCUGAGAAUGGUAACCGGUUACAUGUCUGCAGCUGUUCACCUUACGCCUGUGUCCUAUUGUAACUUAAUAACGAGAUCCAUUUAUCGCUCUGACCUUCCUUUGUCAAUAUCCUUUUUGCUUUUCCUUCUCUCCAUGUUCCUGAUCUUCAAGCUCAUGGCUAAACAACCUCACAUGACUCCCAUCCUUGCACUGAGCCCAUCUCUGCUCACGCUCUGUUUCACCAUCUCUCGCUGAUUUCACAAUGCUGGUGUUAGGGGGAGCUUGUAAGUCUGGGUUGGCUGCACACCGAGACCCAAAGCCGCGCAGCCUUUAAUAAAGUUAUCAUGUAAAUUAUUACAGAGCACUCUAAAGUAUUGCUGUGUGAAUUAGCAUUGGUAGAUGGACAAAGUGAUAUCUCCAAUUAGUGAGAGAGAAAAAGAUACUCCCACAAGCCCCUUUCUAAAUGUCAAAGAUUUUUAUCAAUUCAAAUACCUUCAGACCCAUAGGUACUGCUCAUAGCAUUGUGGCACAUUUCAUGUUGGCUUUCCCUACGUGAGAACGGGGUUAUCCGGCUGAGCUACACAUGUCCACGGGUCUAUCAGAGAGAACUAGGAUUUGUCACAUUAUAUUCAACUUAAUCUACAACAUUUUUAGCCAUCUGUCACAGCGUGCAGAGCUUGAGGCAGAGAAACUGAGGGUUUAUUCUCUAAACAGCAUUGAACGGAAACAUUCAGAGUAAAAUAGCCGUGCUGUCACUAAAGCCGAGUUGGGUUCUUUUGGAUAAGUUAUUUGUCUAAAUUUCGAAAUGCUGUUUAGUGAGCAAACACUUUUUAGAGAAGUGUGGGGUCUGGCAGGAGUACAGAGGCUUGGUGGGGUGCAGGCACUUUGAAGGGACAUUUAGGCUGGAACGGUUGCAGAGAUUGAGAGGAUGGGGAGGCAGGGUAGGUAAGUGUGCAGACACUGAAUGAAUGGUAGAGGAUGCAGAACCAGGAAACUGGGGAAUAAACUGCUUGUAUGAGGUGAUGUAGACAGUGGGAGGGGGGUGCAUGUAAGGGGGGCAGACACUGAGAAGGUGGGGGUGCAGUGCAUGCAAGGGGCAGACACUGAGAGAAGGUGGGGGUGCAGUGCAUGUAAGGGGGGGGGCAGACACUGAGAAGGUGGGGGUGCAGUGCAUGGGGCAGACACUGAGAAGGUGGGGGUGCAGUGCAUGUAAGGGGGGCAGACACUGAGAAGGUGGGGGUGCAGUGCAUGUAAGGGGGGCAGACACUGAGAAGGUGGGGGGGCAGUGCAUGUAAGGGGGGCAGACACUGAGAAGGUGGGGGGGCAGUGCAUGUAAGGGGGGCAGACACUGAGAAGGUGGGGGGGCAGUUCAUGUAAGGGGGGCAGACACUGAGAAGGUGGGGGGCAGACACUGAACGGUUGCAGAGAUUGAGAGGAUGGCGAGACAGGGUAGGUAAGUGUGCAGACACUGAAUGAAUGGUAGAGGAUGCAGAGCCAGGAAACUGGGGAAUAAACUGCUUGUAUGAGGUGAUGUAGACAGUGGGAGGGGGGUGCAUGUAAGGGGGGCAGACACUGAGAAGGUGGGGGUGCGGUGCAUGUAAAGGGGGCAGACACUGAAAAGGUGGGGGUGCAGUGCAUGUAAGGGGGGCAGACACUGAGAAGGUGGGGGUGCAGUGCAUGCAAUGGGUGAAGGUUGGAAUGGUUGCAAUGUCUAUUUGCCCUAGUUCUUUGACUGGAAUACAAGCUGUAUUUGUUGUCGUCUUUUUGCUGAAAUUAAUAUUUACGUGUGAAAUUUCACAGCUGCUGUACAUCUCCCUGUGCUUUAAAUACCUGCAUUCAGGGUCACAUGCCGUGGCUAUUUCGCUUUCUAAAGGUUUUCUGCAAUAUAAUGCGUUUUUCAUAAAUAUGGCAAUUCCUGCCCAGCUAUCGGGUUCCAAACACUGAUUAAAUGCUAGCAAUGUCUUUAUAUUUAUAAUUUAUUUUAACAAACUGUAAUAAAUACCUCCAUUCUUUUCUUGCAGCCACUGAUGAUAUAGUAAAGGUUGAAGUUUGGGAUGUGGUUGACAAAGGUAAGUGUACUAAAUGUACAAAACGGGAGCUUUAAGAAUAGCAAAGCAUUAUGGGAGCCACCUUUUGGUUUCUCUGCCAUAGAAUCUCUGCUCACAUAUCAAUGAAAUAGCAGUGAGUUUAGUGGGACCCGAUAUUGGUGCAAAAACCGAGAAUGCCACGUUUCCACAACUUUUAUUUUUAAGUUUCAUCCAAACAGCAGCUGUGCCACGUAAAUAUAUGACAGUAGGUUUAAGCCCACAACCCCAGAGCCGUGUGUAGUGGGCGAUUCCCUUUAGAAUUAAAGCCACCUGUUGCUAUAGCAAUGCAAUAAUAGCCGUACACUCCGUUGGCAGCAUCAGUACAUUACCUUUUAUAAUGGAGCCUGUUAUUAGUGCACUGAGUUGUGUAGCACCUACUCUUUCUCUCAGCCAGCAGUGCUCUUAUGAAUGCUGCUCAGUUAUAGAAUAGCCCAUUGGCGCUUUGCAUUUGUAACGUGAAAUGUUUGUCAAUUUUAGGUUUUUAAUGAGUACUCCUGCCACCAGAUUGCAGAUACUAAUGUAAUUCUUAAAGGGAUCCUAUAGUGCCAGGAAAAGAAACACGUUUUCCUGGCACUAUAGGGAUAAUUGGUCCCCCGUCCCUGUUCACCCCACCCCCCUCUCCCGCUGUGCUUAAGGAUUAAAACCCCUUAGCCACUUACCUUAAUCCAGCACCACACUCCCUCGGCACUGGUGACCUCUCCUCCCCUGCCAACAUCAGCUCCUGAGUGAAGCCGAAUGCGCAUCCGCGGCCAGAGGCGUGCACACAUUCAAACCCGCCCAUAGGAAAGCAUUACUCCAUGCUUUCCUAUGGGGAUCUUAUUUGACGCCCAGCCCAUUUCAGUGUGAUUUACUCACUGAGAAUCGUGGAAGCGGCCUCUAGUGGAUGUCGAAGAGACAGCCACUAAAGGCUGGAUUAACCCUGCAAUAUAAACAUAAUUUCUCUGAAACUAUGUUUUCAGCUGCAGGGUUAAAACUAGUGGGACCUGGCAAUCAGACCACUUCAUUGAGCUGAAGUGGUCUGGGUGACUAUAAUGGUCCUUUAAUGCUUAAAACGAUUAGACAUGAAGCGAGGGAUGGCUGGGAAUUCUGUAUGUCUGAGUCAGGAGCAUACAUAAAAUAGUAUGUAACUAAAAAGUGUGCAUUGCUGUAUCCCCAUGAAAUGACCGUGCCAGCUAAUCAAGCUGUAACGCACUGCCCAGAAACAUCUCAUGUAGCUGUCCAGCGUUCUUGCGUACCAGCACCACUGGAAUUUCCACUGAGUUAUUUACUAAACUAGGGAAAUGAAUGAUACACUAUGGAAACGGGGAAUUGGGGGCACACCCGGAACAUAGAUUUCUCAGAAGUGGUAAUGUGUGAUUUGUUUAGAUGUUACAUUGACUGGGAAUAUAAUGGGGAAUUCUAAAUAAGAAUAAGUAAUAAGUUGGGAUUCAGAGAAGCACCUCAAUACUUCUGCCUCCAUUAAGGAACAUCUUAAAUGUUCUAUAUCUAGAUCUCGACCAAAACUGUUACAAAAUGCAUAUUAUAGAACAAGACACACUUAAAAAAAUGCAGCUUCAUCGUUUUUAAAGGCAACCUGAAAACAUUCAUUUUAGCAAAGAAAUCUGGGGAUUUGGUUCCACCAUGGGCUAUAUUAUGUUAACUCUACCACUACGUCAGAGUACCCCAAUAUCAAACCCAUGUAGGCCCCUAUUCUAAAGCCCUAAGCAAUCAUAUGGACUAGACCUUACAGUAGACCCUAUGUAGGUAGCGUUCUCCAGGCAAUCACCACACCAGAUCCUUCCAUCAGACUGCCAUAUUCUGAAGUGUAAUUCACUGCUUCAGAGUCCAGCUUGGCGUGGGGCAUGUUGAUGUGAAGUUUGUGUAUAGCUGCUCAGCCAUGGAAACCCAUUUCAUGAAGCUUCUAACACACAGUUCUUGUGCUGAUUUCCUGGAGCAGUUUGUAACUCUAUCCUGAGUGAUGCAUCAGAUGAUGGUGAUUUUAUGUUAUGUAUUUUAACAUGCUGAUGGGUUCCCUGCUCUGUGAGUAAGCCCAGUCCACCACUCUGCGGCUGGGCUGACGUAACUAGACACUUCCUCAAUAAUAGCACAUACAGUUGGAUCUAGUAUGGCAGAAAUUUCAUGCUACGGCUGUGCCACGUUAAACCUCAGAGUUCAACCAACGUUUAUCUAUAAAAAUUUUGUGGCUGUGUGCUGGAUUUUAUGCACCUGUUGGCAAUGGAUGAGCCUGAAACACCUAAACUAGGUAAUUGGCGGGAAUGACCACUACGUUUGGCAGUAUAGUGAACGGAUUUUUCAAGUUUUUCCUGUUGGGCUAAAUUUAAACUUCACUGAUUUAAUUCCAAGUUUGUUGAAAGGUUCUCAGAGUGAAGGCAUAACUGACAAUAUAUUGGGUAAAUGAACGUGUUACCAGGUUUGUACAUGCUUUUACUUUCAGGUAAAUGUAAGAAAAGAGGAGAAGGUUCUCUGAAACUGGAGAAUGAGCCGCAGGAGGUGAGGAGCGCUAUGGAAAUGGUUUAUCUGACGCUGUUCUGUAUUCUGCUCCGUGCUGACAUUGUGUGUGUUAACAGGGCGACGGCGACAUGGCCCUGGAUGCAGAGUUUCUAGACGUUUACAAGAACUGCAAUGGAGUCAUCAUGAUGUUUGACAUCACUAAGCAGUGGUACGUGUAUGAGUACGGCUCUUGGAAUAUCUGUGCUGAUGGACGGUGUGCUUGGGGAAGGCUGGGGAUGUUUGUUUAAAUGGGUCGGAGCGGAUAGCUGUUCUUUGUAUGGAAUCAUUCUAUUUAGGUGACCCGUGUGUUUUAGGAUUGUUCACUAUAGUGAGAACUGUCUGGAAUACAAAGUAACUAUUACAUAUAAGGCUGCAAUAGCAGAAUUGGAAAAAUGUGACUACUUUGGCCUUAAGUUAAAAUUCACAUUGCAUUCCAGAUCAUUCUCACGUUGGUGAAUAACCCUGUAUUGAGAGAGCUAUUUGGUAUCCAAGCCAUAGUCCUAUGUAAUAAUUCAAGCGGAUCGGUCACUUUUAAUAUUUCAUAAAGAUAUAUUAUUUAUAAACUGCUGAUCAAGAUUGCAACACAAUCCAAAGAUAAGACAAAGUAGGGGCAAGCCUGAGGUUCACACAAGGUGGAGCUCCACCACAACCUUUGUCCAAUCCCAGCAGCCGUCCCACUCGAUGGCUGUGGGAUACGGCUAUCGAUCUAUGGAGGGUCUUGCAGGAACCCCCAUAAACCUUUGUGUUGUACUUCCAGUUCCUAUAAAACAAAAAUACAGGAGCCACAAGGACCUACAAGAUGGAGAUUGUGGUGACCACAAGGCCUUUUCCUGCACCCACCAGACCCAAACUAGAUCUGCCACUUUUGAGGGUCUUUGUUAAGUAUGCAAAAAAAAAAGAAGUGACAGUUCCGACUUAAAGGAUCUCUACAGGCAGAGGAACUAAUAAGUUAAUCUGCAGGAAAUAAUGCUAUUUGUUAUGUUGUUUUUUUAUCCCCUAAAAGCUGGUUAUUUUUAUUUUUCUAUAUCACCUCUCCCAUCCUCUUAGUAGUUAGACAAUAAAAGCAGCAACAGGUACUGCUUUAAUCACUUGCUGCUAAAGGGUGUGAGAAGCAUAACUAAAAAAUCAUUUAUUAAAUAUUAAUACUCACAUGGGGCGGAGAGGGAGGGCAUUGAGAUUUUUUUACUUUGUUUAUGAUUGAAAUAAAGACAGUUGAUGGAGUUAUAAAAGAUUGCACCUUGUAGGCGAGUAAACCAAUCCAACAGUAAGCCCCGAGUAUAUGCCCCAUGGCCACAUGAUCGGUCUGUUUAUUGUAUUGAAGGGCAGAGACCAUUGAGCUGCUUCUGAAUUGCCAUCAUUCUCUGCUAGCCUGCAGCUGAAAAAGAAUUGUGGGUGUUGUAGUCCACUUGUGUACUGCAUCUCUGAUUAGAAGAUCUGGGUCAGUUCUAGUCUAGAAGUUGGACAUUUGAAUACAUAUUGGUUUAGCAGUGACACUCCAGUUUUUUGUGGAAUACACGUCCUAUGAUGCUCAACCAGCCUUGGUUUGAGGUUAGCAGUCGCUGGCCUUAAAUAACCAGCAGAGGGCAUUUCAUGUCUCUGAGACCUUUGUUUUAAAUACUGUAUGUUAUGACAUUUUGGGGAGUACCUGCAGACAUUCUCCAUUUGCUCUGUCCAGGACAUUUAGCUACAUCAUGAGAGAGCUUCCCAAGGUCCCCAAUCACGUGCCAGUGUGUGUCCUCGGCAAUCACCGUGACAUGGGGGAGCAUCGUGUCAUCCUUCCCGAUGAUGUGAGGGAAUGUAUCGAGAAACUGAACCGGUUAGUCAAUAGCCCACUUUUAUUUAUUUAUUUAUUAAUUCAUGUGUCUGUAAAAUCAAUCUGUCCUGUACCCAAUUCCUGCCAGAUUAUGUAUUGGUGAUUUAAUAGAGAAUUCUAUUUAUUUAGGAUUUAACGUUCCUGUAAUUCCCUAUUAUAUUCGCAGUCAAUGUACCAUCUAAACAAAUCACACAAAGAAUUGGUACAGAGGAAGUUCAUCAUGUGCCAGCUGUAUUUUUAGUUAUAGAGGCAAGGUAUUAAGAUUCGUUUGAUUUGAAGAAUUAAUGUUGGCGUAUUGCCAAAAGUGACGCCAUAUUGUGUUGCUGGAUGGCUCCAUGACACUUCUAAGUGAAAAAACAUGGAAGGAUUACAGCUUGGAUAUCUUGUUUUGGAGAGAUUGUUUCAAGAAAUUGAGGUUUUCUUCCAGGUAGAGCUUUUUUUUAUUUUAUUUUUUUUAUUUCUUCCUUAUUUGGUCAAUGGUGUCACUAACGUAGUCUGCAGAGUUAUUUUGUUUUUUGUUUUCUGAGGAGCUCUGCUAUUCCCAGUCUGAGCGAUAAAGCAGAGGAGCUCUGUUAUUCCCAGUCUGAGAGAUAAUGCAGUUAGAAGAGCUCUGUUAUUCCCAGUCUGAGAGAUAAAGCAGUCAGAAGAGCUCUGUUAUUCCUAGUCUGAGAGAGAAAGCGGAGGAGCUCUGUUAUUCCUAGUCUGAGAGAUAAAGCGGAGGAGCUCUGUUAUUCCUAGUCUGAGAGAGAAAGCGGAGGAGCUCUGUUAUUCCUAGUCUGAGAGAUAAAGCGGAGGAGCUCUGUUAUUCCUAGUCUGAGAGAUAAAGCAGUCAGAAGAGCUCUGUUAUUCCUAGUCUGAGAGAUAAAGCGGAGGAGCUCUGUUAUUCCUAGUCUGAGAGAUAAAGCGGAGGAGCUCUGUUAUUCCCAGUCUGAGAUAUAAAGCGGAGGAGCUCUGUUAUUCCCAGUCUGAGAGAUAAAGCGGAGGAGCUCUGUUAUUCCCAGUCUGAGAGAUAAAGCGGAGGAGCUCUGUUAUUCCCAGUCUGAGAGAUAAAGCAGUCGGAGGAGCUCUGUUAUUCUCAGUCUGAGAGAUAAAGCAGUCGGAGGAGCUCUGUUAUUCCCAGUCUGAGAGAUAAAGCAGUUGGUGGAGCUCUGUUAUUCCCAGUCUGAGAUAAAGCAGUCGGUGGAGCUCUGUUAUUCCCCGUCUGAGAGCUAAAGCAGUCGGAGGAGCUCUGUUAUUCUCAGUCUGAGAGCUAAAGCAGUCGGAGGAGCUCUGUUAUUCUCAGUCUGAGAGCUAAAGCAGUCGGAGGAGCUCUGUUAUUCUCAGUCUGAGAGAGAAAGCGGAGGAGCUCUGUUAUUCCCAGUCUGAGAGAUAAAGCAGUCGGUGGAGCUCUGUUAUUCCCAGUGUGAGAUAAAGCAGUCGGAGGAGCUCUGUUAUUCCCAGUCUGAGAGAUAAUGUGUUUUUUUUAGAAAAUGAACCAGUUUUAGGGAACAUAGUGGCUACAUCACCCCAGCUCCCCAGUGCUUGCAGUUGCGUUUUGUAUGCCGGUUCCUGCACUGUUUGAUUUGUUUCCUCCCCCUUUCCUUUGCUUUCCCCACAGACGCCCUGGUUCUUCCUACAUUCGUUACGCUGAGUCUUCAAUGAAGAACAGCUUUGGGCUGAAAUAUUUGCACAAAUUUUUUAACAUCCCUUUCCUACAGCUGCAGGUGAGAACCUUGUCCGUGAUGACCUUGCUUAUCCCCAGUGCUUCCCUUUAGUACCCGGUCUGUGAGUUCUGCUGCACCUCUUUUAUUUAUUGUUAUGCCACCUCCAACCAAUUUUCCCGUGUUUUCUCAGUGUCCAUGUCAGUAGGUUUACGCUUCUGCAGCGCUUUGACAACCAAGCAGAAUAAUUUCCAAUAAUCCGCAAAACAAGCCAUUAUUCAUAGCUGUCCAUCAUUAUCAUUUAUAUAGCUUCAACAUAUUCCGCAGUGCUUUCCAGUCCCACUCUACAGAUCACUCAAACCUAAAUCAAAAUGGCAACAGGUAGGAGUGCAGAGGGCACUGCCCAGACUUGCUUACAGGGUUAUACUAUAAUAAAGCUCUAGAGAACCCAAGGGUUGGUUUUGUUUAUUGGGAUUUUGCUGGUCCUUGAAAGCCUGUAGCUUUAGAUCCUGCUCUCUCCUCUAUAGACGUAUGCUUGUAUGCCCCUUUUACGCCGUUCCCAGAAUGCUCUUCUGUAAGCUAAACAAGGUGGCUACUGACACGGAACAAGACCGCACUCUUCUUUCAUUAUGUAUGUCCUCCACUCUCUACCAAGAUAUUUCCUCUCUUUUACCCUCCAGUUUCUCUGUCCCUCCAUUGUAUGGAGAUCUAGCAGUGGAACAGUUACAGGUGGCUCUUAACGAGGCCUCUCCAAUGUAAAAAUGUCCCUGAGCUCUGAGCAGACAGUGUACACCUGAGCCUACGUUGUGUCUGGAGUUACAGCCCGCAUUGCUCAGUCUCUGCACGCUAGCUGUGCAUUUUUUAUUGGCUUUCCGAAAGGACAGUAACUGUAACUGAAGGUGUACGGUAACUCAGGGGGAACUGAUACAGGAGCUUUUUUAUUUAUUCAUUUGCAGCCAGUAUAUGAGACUUUUAACCCCUUUUCCUCUGGUGGUUUCAAGAUAAAAACAAAAAGGAAAACUCCUCUGAUUAUCCUUAGAGCUAUGUGUUCGGUCAUCAAAGAAGAAGUCUUCUUGUGUAGUGCAAGGCCAGGGUGGCCAAAAACCAGUCCCUCCAGCUUUUGUUAAACUGCAACUCCCAUGAUACUUUGCAAAUUCUCCUUCAUAAUGAGACUGAAGCAGGGAGCCUCACAGAAACGGGUGUCUACACCUUAUAGCAGGGUUAAAAUUGAAAUGCCACAAUAUAUUUAUAGUGGGUAAAAAUUGAGCUUUGACCUAACUUUAUCAUUCUAAGGAUUUUGUGGAUGAAUCCAAAAGCAGCAUCAUUUAAAGUGUUUCAGCCCAUGAGGGGUUAAGUGGGUGGAGUCAGGUAGGGGAUAUGAUAUUUGCCUUGGUCCUAGAUCAUGUUUGACCUUGCUCCUGCGCAUCUCCUACAGAGAGAGACCUUGUUACGGCAACUGGAGACGAAUCAGCUGGACAUCGAUGCAACGCUAGAGGAACUGUCCGUGCAGCAGGAGACGGAGGAGCAAAACUACGAAAUGUAGGUCAUACAUUAACCUUUUAUGUCCUGGCGUCCUAUACUGCUGGGGUCAGCCCAAAGGGGCGUAGUAACGUUUCCUAAAAUAUCUGAUCUAAAGGUGUUAAUCUAUUAACAUCUUCCUGCAGGAGUCAUUGUUGUUCAUAAAUAGUGCUGAUUUUUAUUUUUAGGGACAGGGGUUAGGGCCAUAAACAGAGAAACGGACCCAUCCUAGUAAUAAACAUGCAUAGGGAGUACGUUUUAUGUUUGAUUCCCUUGUGACCGGUUUAUUUCGUACUUAUUGGUGUUGUCUGUUCCAAGGUUGUGAAUGAUUGGUUAGAGUUACAAUUUCUUUGUAAAUUCUCUAGAACAAGCUUGGACGUGACAGCAGGUACUAGAGUAGCUGCCUUGGGACAAAUCGUUGACCUGGAGAAUAUUUCCAUUUAAAAGUUUGCAAUUCUUUACAGUUACCAGCUUAGUGACAAUAUACCGGCCUUUAUAUUGUACAGAAUCGAGUCAGACAAUUGACUUAAUGAGCCGAUUUAGAGGAACGGAGACAAGAUGGUGCUUUUUGUUAGUAAAAUGGAAUAGACUCAUACAUGGUUAUUCACUAAAGUGAGAAUUGACAAGAAUUCAAAGUAAAUUUAAAAAUUUCGCUCAGAAUAGAUGAAUUAGAAGUCAAUUCUGUUUUUUCAGUUUGACCUCAAAUUUGAUAUUCACAUUUAAUUUAUUUUAAUUUCUGGCAGUUAUCGCUUUCGUGAAUAACCCUGAUAGAUUAUUGGGGUAGAUUUAAACCAAUGUACUUAUUUUAUUUUAAUUAUUUUUGCUGUGCUGAUGGGAAGCUGUUGUUCUAUGUUGUUUGGGGGGGAUUCCUGAUUUGACAUUGGUCAUAUAUCUUCUACUUUAUUCUACAGAAUAUAGCAUGUCAUGUACUAGGUUUGCAACUUGGUAUAUCUCAGAAUAUGGUUAUAUAUGUAUUUAUAUUAAUAAUAUGUACAUUGUAAUGCGCUUUACCAGUAUAUCCUGUAAAGACGGUUAUUGUGCCUUGUGGGACAUGUUAAGAACGGAGUUCAAUCACUUGCACUUUAUUUAUGAUCUUGGAGGUGGUCUCGUCUGCUCUGUAGGUUUAGUUAAAUGUAUAGGAACGCCAUGAUUUGAACCUGUCUAAUUGCUCAUUUUAUGAUCUCUGCAGCUUUUUGGAAAUGUUAGAAACAAAUAAGCAUCUGGCUUCGCCUGUAUCCACCAACGGCCAAAGUCCAGCCUCCGGUUCUCAGUCUCCAGUGGUCCCUCCGAGCACAGGGUCUCCUGAUAGCUCUGGCCCAGGGACUCCUCUGCAGAUAUCGUCUUUGAUUCCUGCUACUCCUCCCAUAGCUGCUUCCCCGCCACCUCCUGUGUCUGAUUUCCCAGAACCCCUUGCCCCAUCCCCUUCCACUGUGUCUUCACCACCACCAACCCAAGCAAUACCACCAAGGCGUGGAUUCAUGUCUCGGCUCUUUGGUUCCUCCACUCCGGAAAAUGUUCCGGCCAAAGCAGGUGAGGACGACUGUUCUGAGCCAUGAGAGUUCUCUUUGCCCCUUUUUAACUUUCUCAUUUUAACUACUGAUGCUGUGCAGUAACAACAUUUAUACAUGCUCCGGUUCAAAAAUACUGCAUGUACACAUGAUGUGUGCGUAUGGACAUGCAUAUGAUGUCAGCACAGAAUUCAGUAUCUUUACUUAGUGGACGCAGAGUAGAUUAAUGUACGAUAUAUGAAAGUAAAAUUUGUCAGCACUUGGAGUCUUUCUUGUUAUGAAUGUUAUAACAUUCAGAAUAUGUAAAACUUCUCAUACAAUGAUUUUUUUUGAGAUGCGGUGUUCCAUGUGUACGAAUAUAAUCAUUACUGGCCUUUGGCCUGACCAAGUCAGUAUAGCUUUCUUCAAAAUCUAGUAAAUGCUCAGGUUCUCUCCUCAUACUCUGUUACAGCUAAUUUAAAGGGUUACUCCAGGAACCAUGACCUCUUCAUAUUAUAGAAGUAAUAAUGGUGCCUGGAGUCUAUAUGCAGCAUUUUAAAUGUCUUUUGAUAGAACUAAAUGGUGUUUAAUAUGAAGUGUUGCUUUUUUUUUUUUUUUAGUCAUGUAACAUCAUACCUGGUCUCUCCGUAGGAUUGAUACAAAAUGUUGUAUUCCUUGCUAUGUAUCCAUACUUUACUUUCUCCAGUAGACAGUGAAUCCCCUGGUGGCGAGCAGAUUAAAAAAGUGCAGAGCGUGGAGGAUUUUGUUCCUGACGAGAGCCUAGACCGUAGCUUUCUGGAGGAUAGUGUGACCCAAAAAGAGACGGAGAGAGCAACACCCAGAGAGAGGAAAGACAGCGACAGGCGAGUCUGGCUCCUGUGUCUUCCCCUCAUUUUAUCCCACAUUCUGGUCCAGUAAACAGCCGUACGUGUGUAUAGAGCAAGAGCCUGUGUUCCUUACACUUCUGUAUCAGUAAAAAGGAUAAUGCCACAGGAGCCCAUUACUGCUUGUUAUAGUGGAGAUAUUUAUAGACCUAAACAGGAACUCAUCAUGCAAAACUAAACACUGAUCACUUUAUAGAGCAGGGAUGGUGACCUUUGGUGUUCCAGUUGAUGUGUACUAUGUCUCCCAUAAUGCUGACAAACCAACAUCUACCAUGCCAGAGAUUGCCUGCCCAUGUUAAAGAGCAGUGGUUCCCAAACCAGUCCUCAUGGCCCACCAACAGUCUGGGAUUUAUGUACUUCUCUUUUUUAUCCCAGUGGAGAUUCUGACCAAACCGUGGCUGUUGGUGGAUCGUGAGGACUGGUUUGUGAAACACUAAUAGAGAAUACAUUGUGCUAUGUAUAUUGCUUCCAAAUGGGUACGUUGAAUUUCAGAAGCAAUUUUUUUUGCAUAUACUGGUGAUACUCGAAAAAUUAGAAUAUCGUGCAAAAGUUGAUUUAUUUCAGUAAUGCAACGUAAAAGGGGAAACUAAUAUAUGAGACGCAUUGUGGAUUUGGGGUUUUCAUGAGCUGUAAGCCAUAAUCAUUGCACUUAUGACAAAUCACGGCUUGAACUAUCUUCCCUUGCAUGUAAUGCGUCUAACUCCUAUAUUAGUUUCCCCUUUUACGUUGCAUUACUGAAAUAAAUGAACUUUUGCACAAUAUUCAAAUUUUUCGUGUAUCACUUGUAAUAUUUGGAUAUUGAUAUUAAAGGAACACUAUAGGCUCAGGUUCACAGACAUGUAAUUCCUGAUGGAUUUCCUUAAUACAUUAUAUUAAUCAUCUAUACCGCUGGGCAUCACUUUUCAUGUGUCAUCAAAAUCCGGAUUAAACAUUGUGCGUCCUGGUAAACCAUCCUAUAGAGGCGCGGCUUUGUGCAGUUUUGCUUACAUCUAUUUCAGCAGCAAUCUUGGCAAUAUUAUCCAGCUUUUAAAAACAAUAUAUUUUAUUCCAUAAAUGGAAUAGUUUACUCAAAGGAGAUUGGUUUAUAUUUAAAAAAAAAAAAAAAACUGUACUGACCAGUCGACUUUAAUGUGUUUUCCACGUAACAGACAAAUAUAGCUGAUCAAACUGUAAACUGCAAGGCAUGCUAUUGUAAUUCACACACCUUCUGGUUUUAGUUAUAUUGGGUCCCUGCUCACACAGUGACUUAUCAAUCCUUGUCUUGUCCCUUUACAGUGAUGGGGAGCUUCCUGGUACAAACCCAAUGGUUGCUGGCUUUCAGGACGAUCUUGAUCCAGAUGACAGACCAGCAACGAAGACCGCUACACUCACCGUGAUUCCCAGCAAGAACAUCACAUUGUCCAGCGAUGAAGAGGACCAUACACCGGCUGUAACGAUCACUGCAGACAAGGAUAGCGACUUGGAGACAGACCCCUGGUACGUCAUACAGUGAAAAAAGUUAAAACACAGGGCAAAAAGCUUGCUCUGCUUGGUAAAACAAGUAACAGCUGACUGAGGGGCUGAUUGGCUGAUACUCACCAGGGAAUCAUGACUUCUGCACCCUUCCAGUGUUUCCAUAUUGUCGUCUGCAUCGAGGGGAUGGAUACUUUGUACGGGUGCAGUAUGUUUUAUCAUAUUGUGAAAUGGUUUUCGGCUAUGAACAGCCUUUCCGAUGUUGCAUAUCGAUUUCCAUUUGCAGAGCUUGUUCUAGUAAUGUGCCAUAUAAACCCAUUCUUCUUCUUUUUUCUGCUUUAUGAAGCUACGCCUCUUAAAGAAAAAAGUUCAAACCUUCAAAAUAAGAUUUAUUAAUCGAACUGUGAAUUAUGGGUAAUUGACAGGGCAAGUUUUAGGAGCAAUAGCUGAGCGAGAGAAUCUUUCCAACUUUGCCUAAAUUACUGGUCACUUCUCCACAGUACUUGGAUCAGGGAAUAAACCUAGUGCUCCAGUGUGCAGAUAGUUUUUAUGUUUAAAUGGUCUGCUGCAGAGUGUUUGUUUUAGUAAAUCCCUUUCCAGGAUAUACUUUGUGUUCAGCAGAAGGCCACGCUUACUUUCCUCUUUGAUUUCAGUUCCUGGUUUUGUUAGGGUCCCCUGCUUGGGCCAGGAGAGUGCAAAUUUAAAGGGGAUCUGUCCCCAUUCCAAGUGCUUUAACUACGCGAUUAAAUAAUCCUCCCUCCCCCCCCACUUCCAGCUGUCCAGGACAGGAAUGGGUCUAACCAUUCAGGGAUUUGCUGCCUCCAUCCUGCUCUUUGCAUUCUUCCUCAGCGUUUAUGCCUGCGUUACGGAAGGAUGGCUUUCAGAGUAAUUGCAGGGGAAGCUUUCCACCCAUCGAAGCAGGGUCAUAUAGUCACAAGUCGCCUGAUUCUUCGUUCAGUCAAUGGCCAGAUAAACAGAUUAACCCUUGCAGCUGGGAUAUUGAAACAUGAAAACUAUUCACACAAUUCACAUGACAUAUUAUCAAGAAACAUGCCUAACCCUGCUCUUGAAAGGGUUAAACUGUGGCAUGUAGUUUUUCAGAUGGCUCCUGAUGGUGCCCAGUUAUAUCCAUGUCUUACAAAGUGCAUCUAAUAUGCCCAAACUGAUGUAAGUGGGGUAUAUUCGUUACAUUCCUGAGCCACGGGUGGGAACUGGUAUUAUGGAAACGUGUCGCUGUGAAUGCACCCAAGCACUGCAUAGAAUGAAUUCUACUUUACUGACCGUGUAGCAGCAAGGUUAAAUCUCACAGCAAAAGUGAAGGCUUAACCGCCUGUUUUCUGAUAUUGUGUCUGUACAAGGUCUGUGCUUUACAAGUAAUAUACAUGUCCUUCACAGAACACACACAUUCAGCAGCACAAUAGACAGACGAAAUAAAAUUUAUUUUUUGAUUUUUGAAAUAUAUUUAAAAAGUAGAGGAGUAGAGGGCUAUAAUCCUCCCUCUCCCCCCCUUCAGCAUUAAUAAAUAUUUAGUUAAAAGCUUUCAUUGCAUUAGAUAGAGAAGAACCCUGCAUCGUAUAUUUCUUUGCCCCUUUCUAGAACAUGGGCACCUAAUCCUGAUUUAAAGGGAACCAUAACUUAAUCAGAAUUGAGUUCUUAUGUUGCAAGGAGGUCCUCAGGCACUGUCUUAUCUCAAAGGGUUAAACCGUUAACUUGCCCGCAUGGUUUAUCCCUGAUCCCAGCUGCCGUAGUAAUUGCACACUGACCUGCUAUUUCCUAUUGAUGACUGGUUUACUCCCUAAUCUGAUCAUGCCACAGUGAAGAUGUACAAUCGGUACUGGGGAAGAGUUUCCCAAACACUUAUUUUUUUUUUUUUCAUUUGUAUUACUGUCUCUAUAAAAUCUCUUUGCAGCAGCACUGGAUGAAUUCGCCUCCUCUCCCCCUCCCCCCCCCCCAUUCAAUGCUAUUAAGUAUUUAUGAGGAAAUUCAUCCUGCAGACUGGCUUGAGGUUAAAUAUGCAGCACAUAAAAAAAAAUACAAGAUAUGGUUUGUGCUGGUUUUUAAAUGGCUUCUUCCGGUUGCCACAAUCCUGGUGUGCUAGGAGGUCAGACGAAUCCAAGGUUGGCAAGGGUAACACAGUAUGAGACAAACACGGAAUCUUAGCAUUGAUUGUCCAGGUUUCAUUAAGAUAAUCAGCAAUUAGACAUGAAGUCGGUGAUUGUGGAGCAGUAGAUUACCCGCACAGGACAGCCAUUGAUCACGGUAUUGAUUACUGGGAGUAAAGGCUGUGAAAUCUUUUCAGACAGCCAGUCCCAGAAUCCCACUGAGCGAGACAUCCUGCCAGCGUGUUAACUGUGUAAUCUCAUGUAACCCAGCACACGUCCGCCUAGAUCACCAUACUCAUUCAACAAACACUUGAUAAAUUACUUCCAUACAAACAACAAAGCCUAGAGAAAUUACUCCGGUAGAGUUCUUGCUCCAGUAAAGAGAAUAACUUUUUUUUCUUUCCUGUAAAGCAAGACCUUGAUUAACAAUUAAUGGUAAUGGGCACUUCUGGCGUGCCACACAACAGACGCUAAAUCCAUCUUCUUGUGCAGAGAUUUUUAGGUCUCCUGGCAGACUCACUUGGAGGUGGGUGUGUAUACAUAUAUAUCCCUACAUAUCACCUGCCAGGCACCUCUAUCCAGGGGGCAAGUCAAAUGAUUGGGGUGGGUAGUCUUUCUAAAAAAACACAAUUGAUUAAAAUGUUUAAAACCAGGAUGCUUACUUUGAAAUGUGUGUUUUUUUUUUAUUUUUUUUUUAUUAUAAUUAUUUUUUUCUGGGAUUUGAUCCAGUUUGCGGAGAGAUUGUGUUUCUGAUCUCUCAGCCAAUACUUUGUUUCCCAUUCUUAUUAUUGGGAAAUCUAUCGAGUGCGCAUGCAUGUACGAUGCUGUUAGGAUUUCUUAAUUAAUAUAAAAAUGUCUGCACUUGUGCACAGCAGACCUUGCUCCUGGAGAGUGGGAGGCUACCCUUCAUUUUCACAAGUGAUCUAUGUGUCUUUAUUUUUCCCCAGGUAAUAUAAAAGCUAUGUUGUACAGAGCAGCCUUUUCAAUAGAAAGGGGAGCAUUCCCUGCAGGAGCUUAUUGGACUGUUUUCCCUCUUUCUGAUACACUAAUUACAUUAACAGGAACUGUUGUUGUUUUUUUGUCUGUAGUAGAGAAUUUGUCUUAUUCAUGAUACAAACAUACAUUUAAUUUCCCCUUUGAAUGUGUGGAAGACAUAUAAUUUCACAUUGUGCCUGCAUUUUAGGAAAACCUCAAAGGUCACAAGCUCCCAGAUCCGUCCUCCGAUUCAACAUGAAAAACAGAGUCAUUCCCAAGAAAAAGCACCUUCUUCAGGGCCGACGUCUACCAAACCCAAGAAAGGAAAGGCAGGGGUCCAGGAGGAGUCUGACAGUGACCAGGAGGGGCCAAUAGCCACACAAAUGCUGUCCUUUGUCAUGGACGAUCCAGAUUUCGACAGUGAAGAUUCAAGUCAUGUCACUAAAAGCGCAGUGAGUAACAGUGUCAUUCCUGUGUGUGCACAAUGUCCUCCGUUAUGGCAUAUUGUGAGCAGAUUGUGUUUUAUUGCCCUCAGGAUGCAUUCCCAGUGCUGAACAAUAUAUCUGACAGUUCUAGUGAGGAAACAGCCCCGUCGCAACCUUCACUCACUCCAAAACCAAUUGUACCCACUUUUAAAUUAAAGGAGGAAGCAGAUCUUUUUGGUCUGGGAUUUGAGGAGAAAGUGACUAACGAUAAUCCUGAGGAAGGUAUGUAGCUGUCAAUCAAGGAAAAGUGACGUUUCCCAGACAUACAGAAGGUCCUGGCUGUAUGAAUUAAGCUGUGAGCGGCUAUUCGACUCGUCACUGAGCGCCAGUCUUUUCUGUUUUUAUUUCUAGAUAAAGAGAGCCGGAAUUCCAGACUGAAAAAGAAAAAGAAGAAAAAAUCCAAGGAGGUGAUCUGAAUGUUUUCUUUUAAUGGUUUUCAGACUUAAAAUAUCAUUAAUCUGAUUGACACGUUUCUCCCAAACGAGACAUUACUUUAGUUGCCUUUUCAUUUAUUGCGACUCUAAGAUUUGGACACACUCUGUGUAUUCUGCAUCCCUCUACCCAAACGUUUACAUAGUUGCAUUUCUCCUACUUUGCUUCCUUUUGGGCUUUCAUUUCAGGGAAUGUAGAUACACAAAAAAAAAAAAAAAUUAGAUCAGUUAUGUUUCCAGUUUAGAUGGGAUAUGAAUAUUUUCUGUUUGGCCCAGAAAAAAAAUGGAAAGCUAAACAAAUUCCUUGUAUUAAAAACAGUACCCCAUCAUUAAGAGGCUGAGUAUGAUAUACCUUUCAGUUAACGUAUAGUUAAAACUGCCGGCCUUAAAGAGAUUACCUGUGGGAAAAUGAAUUCCGCAAUCACCAGGUGUUGGUCCUUUCGCAUGGGACACAGAGUGGAUCAACAUUGCUAAUUGUAUCUUAAUUCUUAAUGCUUUAUACAAAAUGGCAUAUUAUCUUACACAGACUGGUUUCUUACUCGAGGGCAUGAAUCAGGGUAUUUUGUCUUGAUCGUACAGCAAAUGAUUGCUCCUAGAAAUUAAUUCAAAAUUCGUGUUUUCUCCUUUUAAGGGGUAGGAAAUUGAGCCGUCUAAAUAUGGGGAUGUAGCACGAGGCUGUAACAAUAUUUUUGUGUGUGUUUUAUUAUUUUUCUUUUAUUCCUGUUAUGGCUGUUCUGACAUCCUCUGCCAUGAAGGGAUGAAUCCGUGUCUUGCUUUUCUGUGUGAUUUUCCAUAAAAUGUUCUGCCUUAACCCUCAUGACUUGGUUGUUUCUUUUUCCACAACAGGCUCCAGAAGAAGACAAAUCUGCCAAGAAGAAGACCAAACACAAAAAAAGCAAAGAGAAGGAGGAGGGGAAGGAUGAAAAAAAGAAAAAGCCGAAAAAGAGACCUGAAAAGGAUGCUUAUGAUGAACUGGAAGCCUUCCUGGGUGGUGGGGCCCCGAGCCAACCCCAGACAGGGGAAGAUUAUGAAGAGCUUUGA